GGCACUUCUACCCCCUUCCUGUCCAGGCCAAUUUUCAGCUUUCAGCGCUGUCGCACUUUGAUUGACAAUUGCGUGGUCUUGCAACACUGUACCCAUAUGACAUUUUUAUCUUUUUUUCACACAAAUAGAACUUUCUUUUGGUGGUAUUUAAUCUCUGCUGGGUGUUUUAUUUUUUGCACUAUAAACAAAGAAAGAGGAAAAAAAAGUAUUUCUUAGUUUCCAUUAUAAAAUUUUGCCAACAAUUUUUCUCUUUCACUGAUGUGGUCCCACUAUAUAAAUAUAUAUAAUUAAAAAUAUUAUUUGUGUUGCUUCACAAAAACCUGUCA